GUUCUUUUCACAUGGAGAUUUGCGCCUCGAUCGCACUGCAAAUCUUGAAAACGGGGACGCGGGCCCUGCUGGUUUUUGCACCGCUCUCAUCCUCGAUUUCAUUCAUUCGAGAAAAUGCAGAACACAAACAGCAGAUGAACUAUGAAUGCUGAACACAAUGAUCUCCUCCCUCCAGCACCAGACAAUGAAAGGUCGUAGGCUGAAGGGGGCACUGUCCAACCCCCUCUUUGUGCUGCUUUUGGCCCUUCAGAUCCUGGUGGUGGCUGGGCUGGUUCGUGCUCAGACCUGCCCUUCAGUCUGCUCAUGCAGUAACCAGUUCAGCAAAGUCAUAUGCACUCGCCGCAGUCUACGGGAUGUCCCAGAUGGCAUUUCCACCAACACUCGCUACCUGAACCUCCAAGACAACCUCAUUCAGGUCAUCAAGGUGGACAGUUUCAAACAUCUGCGCCACCUGGAAAUUCUACAACUGAGCAAAAACCACAUCCGGAGCAUUGAAAUUGGCGCCUUCAAUGGGCUGGCCAGUCUUAACACCUUAGAGCUUUUUGAUAAUCGGCUCACGACAAUCCCCAAUGGAGCCUUUGAGUACUUGUCCAAGCUGAAGGAGUUGUGGCUACGGAACAACCCAAUUGAAAGUAUACCAUCAUAUGCCUUCAACAGGGUCCCCUCACUUCGAAGGCUAGAUUUAGGUGAGCUCAAACGUCUCUCUUACAUUUCUGAUGGAGCAUUCAAGGACUUGAGCAACCUGCGUUACCUGAACCUGGGAAUGUGCAAUCUCAAGGAGAUUCCCAACAUUCUACCUUUGGUCAAGCUUGAAGAACUAGAAAUGUCUGGAAACCAGCUUGCUGUAAUCAAACCUAGCUCAUUUACAGGAUUAGUGAAUCUCCAGAAGCUGUGGAUGAUGCAUGCCCAGAUCCAAACUAUUGAGAGGAAUUCCUUUGAUGACCUUCAGUCACUGGUGGAGCUCAACCUGGCUCACAACAACCUUACCUUUCUACCACAUGACCUCUUCACACCAUUGCAUCGCCUAGAGCGGGUCCACCUCCAUCACAACCCCUGGAACUGCAACUGUGAUAUAAUGUGGCUCAGCUGGUGGCUGAAGGAAACUGUACCUGCUAAUACCAGCUGCUGCGCCCGUUGCCAUAGUCCUACAGUUUUUAAAGGUCGCUACAUUGGGGAACUGGACCACAGCUACUUCCAGUGUGAUGUUCCUGUCAUUCUAGAGCCACCCAGUGACUUAAAUGUGACAGAAGGCAUGGCUGCAGAGCUUAAAUGUCGUACAAAUUCACUGACAUCCAUCAGCUGGCUUACACCAAAUGGCUCAUUGGUGACCCAUGGGGCUUACAAAGUGCGUUUGUCUGUACUCAAUGACGGGACACUGAACUUUACUAGCGUCACAAUGCAGGACACUGGGACCUAUACCUGCAUGGUUAGCAACACAGCUGGCAACAUCUCUGCCUCUGCUGUCCUUAAUGUCACCUCUGUGGAAAACAGUGGGGUGACCUAUUUCACCACAGUCACUGUGGAGACCAUUGAGACACCUGGUGAUGAUAGUCAAACACCACUUCCUCCAUUUGGCUGGGUGUCAUCCUCAACAACAAAAGGUACUCCUGUGUCAACGAGGACCACAGAGCGGACUUACACCAUUCCAGUUGUUGAUCUGGAUGGAGAUGGAGCCCUCAAUGGCCUGGAUGAAGUGAUGAAAACCACAAAGAUUAUCAUUGGCUGCUUUGUGGCCAUCACACUCAUGGCUGCUGUUCUGCUGGUUAUUUUCUACAAGAUGAGGAAACAGCAUAACCAGCAGGAUCCUGAUGGUCCUGCCUCCUCUAUGGAGGUCAUUACUGUUGAAGAAGAGCUUGCAGGUGUUGCUGCCAUGGAGAGACACCUAUCGCUGCCCCCUCUGGAGCACUACAACCACUACAACACCUACAAGAGCACUUACCACCACCCGCCCAUGCUGAGUACCAUACACAGCUCAGCCACACAGGAACCUUUACUGAUUCAAGCUUGCUCAAAAGACAAUGUACAAGAGACUCAAAUCUAAUUUCUAAGUUUGACUAAAUAUCCAGUAUCAGCAGUUUCCUACAAACACAAUGGACCAAAACAUGAAAACACGAUAAAGGAAAUUAAAACGACAUUGACUUGACAGAGUUGAUGUUGAUAAUGGUGAUUGGCAAAGGGACGACAUGAUACUUUAACACAUGUCUUUACAAAAGCAAAGAUUAUUUAUUAAAAUAUGUCUAGUGACUAAAUUAAGAAAAAAAACAAAUUGUGAUAGCUUUUUAGCUUAUUUUAUUUCUCUCUCUUUCUAUGUGUGUAAAUCUGCACAAGGGAAAGAAUGGUUUACUAAAAGUGAAUUUGGACUUCAAAUACAUCCCACGUGAAACAUA